AUGAGUACCAACAACACACAAGUAGAUAGCGUUGCUCUUCUCCAGCGACUAAGGGACAUUAGCGACGUUCUUCGAGACAGUAUUUUGAUAGCACGAAGUUUAUUAUCCUCCACCGGUGCUGAUGGCAUCGUUCCACUCGAUUACAUUCAGAACCAUGAAGACAACUCCAUAAACGAUUUACUACCAGAAUUUGUUGAAAUAGAAAAUCAGAUUAUUGGCUUAUCGGACAACGAUUGUUCCCGUGAGCCCAUUAACACAGUUUACAACAGUUUCAGUGAUUUAUCUGAACUGAUUGGCCGCAUGAUUCUAGGAUCUCAUGAGUUCUCCAAAGUUGAGUUGCCAGAUGAUAGAGAGGAUGUGCAGACGCUAACUCAAAUUAUAAUUUCUGCCAAUCAUGUUAAUGGAAACUGCUCGAUUUGCACCGAGCCUUUUCAACUGGGGGAAGAUGCCCGACAGAUGCCUUGUCAUGAAUCCCACAUAUUCCAUACUCACUGCCUUCUUCGAUGGCUCGAAAGCAGGUACCAUGGGCCAAAUGGCCCUGCAAAAUGCUUGUACUGCGCACCGCCAGCACUGAUAGCACGGGCCCCGCCAACCUCCACCUCGCCCACCACCACUGCUGCCUGGCUGCCGCCCCCUAUGUUGCCUACUCUGUCUCUCUACUGCUUCUCCACUAGGGCACCGCCAAAGUACCUCCCUCGGGCCACCUCUGCCUGGCCCUACAACUAG